UUUUUAACAUCUAAUGGAAAGGUGUAUUUUUUAUUUUUAAAUCCAUUUUUUGUGGUUUGUUUGUUUUUGGAGUUUGAAUUAAUGAAACGAGGCUGAAAGGAUGAGGACAUGAAUUUUUCAAGCCUCUUCGCCACAUCGGGACCCCCAGGUCUCUCCAACUCGUCCCUCCGGACCCCCAGCAGCCACAACAGCAGCGCGUCUGUUCCUGCUCACCCUCCUUUACCUCCCUCUCCGCUUCCUCCUCCUCCUCACCCUCACCUCCCCCCUAUGGACGUGCUGUUCUCCGGGCGCGAGCCUGGCACGGUUCUCCUGGCGCUGAUGUACGUGGCCUCGUUCCUGACGGGUCUGGCGGGGAACGUGACGGCUCUGCUUGCGCUGGGUGGCGGGAGGAAGGGCAGCAGGAUGAAGGUGCUGAGGAUGAGGAGCGCGUCCUCCGCCACGCGGCGCCUGCUGGCCAACCUGGCAGCGUGCGACACCCUGGUGGUGUGCGUGUGCAUGCCGGCCAAUCUGGGCCACCACGUGCACCGCGCGUGGCCGUUCGGGGAGCCGCUAUGUCGCGCGGUGCCCUUCGUGCAGGCGGUGUCGGUGUCGGCCAGCGUGCUCAGUCUGGCCGCGCUGGGACUCAGCCGCUACUGCGGCGUCCACAGCCCGUUGCGCGCGCGCCACGCCUUCACGGGGGCGCGCGUGGGCGUCGUGAUCGCCGCCGUGUGGGCCGUGUCGUCGGGACUGUGCCUGCCGCUGCUCUUUACCAACGAGACGCGCACGCUCGAGCUCCCGGACGGCGCGCGCUCCGUGACGCUGUGCGUGGAGAGCUGGUCGGAGGCGCGCCUGCGCCAGGGCUACAACUUCCUUCUGUUCUGCGCGCUCUACGCCUUCCCCGUGCUCUUCAACCUGGUCAUCUGCUCGCUCACCGUGCGCAAACUCUGGGGGGCAAAGCACGAGGCCGCCGAGUUCGGAUUCACCCGCUCGGGUUCGCGCCUGGAAACGCGCAAGAGGAUCGCCAAGAUGGUGCUGGUGCUCGUGUUGCUCUUCACCUUCUCGUGGCUGCCGCUGUACGUGGUGGACAUCUGGCUGGACUUCCACAUGCCCGCGGACCGGGGGGGCGUGCCGGAGCGCGUGGAGCACGAGUGGGUGCUGCAGGGCCGGCCGUUCGCGCAGUGGCUCGGACUCACCAACUCUGCGCUGAACCCGCUCUGCUACUGCUUCGUGGGCGAGCUGAGGCGAUCCGCGCGCAGACUGGCCGCCAGCUACAGGCUGAGGGUCUCCGGACUAUUCAGGAAGACCAAGGACUCAAAGAGCAGCAAGGCGCCCGAGAGGGAGUGUGUGUGAGCGCGCGUUACUGGUUAAAAUGGGAGUUCCACCAAUUUAACAUCGACCAUUUCAUUAAGAUCAGCCAUUCAUUAUAAUUUAGAUCAGCCGUUCAUUUAAGAUUAACCAUUCAGUUAUGACCAGUCAUUUAGUUAGGAUCAAUCAUUCAGCUAAGAUCAGCCAUUCAACUAAGAUCAGCCAUAUAUUCAGUUAAAGUCAGCCAUUCAUUUAAGAUCAAUUAUUCAAUUGCGAUCAGUCAUUCAUUCAUUUGAUCAGUCAUUCAAUUAAGAUCAGUCAUUCAUAUUCAGUUAAGGUCAGCCAUUCAUUUAAGAUCAGUUAUUCAAUUAAGAUCAGUCAUUCAUUUAAGAUCAGUCAUUCAUUCAUUUAAGAUCAGUCAUUCAAUUAAGGUCAGUCAUUCAUUCAUUUAAGAUCAGUCAUUCAUUUAAGAUGAGUCAUUCAAUUAAGAUCAGCCAUUCAUUAAAGAUCAGUCAUAAUGCCACACCCUUCCAUCCAAUAUCAACAGGGAGUCCAAAAGUCUAAGACCACUGAAACAAAAAAAAACAUUUUUUCCUAAUUUAACAAAAAAAAAAAUAUUUUCUGUAAAAAACGUAACUUAACGAAUUUCAGAAUGUGUUUGAUGUGUGUCCAAUCCUUGCCAUAAUGAUGAUUACAGUGGAGCUGAACAAACUCACAACAAAAAUUUGAUGAGGGGCUCAGAUCCAUCUCCGCUCUGAGGAGCUCAGACAGUUGAAAAGCUCACAUUAACAUAGAUUUGAAUUUUUUUUUUUUUAAGAGCAGAAAAUUAACAAUUAAAGUAUUACCUAAUUUACGUAACUAUACAAUUGAUAAUUUCCAACAAAUAACUGCAUAUCCACCAUUUCUCCCUUUUGGGAGAAAUCAGUUUUGCUUUUUUUGUAGAUUUAUUUACAUUAAAAAGUUUUAUGCAACAUAUAUAUCCUAAUUUAUAAAUGCAAUGGUCAUUUUAUUAAAACCAUUUUUUUUACCCACAGAAUUAUUGGACCGUGUUUAUUAUUAGAUUUUAAUAAAAAAUAUAUAAUGUGAUCUCAGAUAUUUAGACCCCACUAUUACCUCACUUGCAAUUAGUAAUGCAGAUCAAGUGAACCUCUGGUUCAUGCUGGGAGUGUACAGGGUUGAAGUAACACCUUCAUUAUCUCAGUAAUAUCUGGAUAAAUCCAAAACAGUUAUUAUAGGUGUUGAUUUAACAGAAGCGGGUGUAGAAGUGAGUAAGUAUGAAAGAUGCAUUUGCCUUAGGUUUAUGAAACGCCUACACUGCUAUAAUGAAAACCAUUUCAUUGAAUUACCCACUUCAUAUCUGUUCAAAUCGUUCUCGAGGUCAUGGGGUUCAUUGAACACUGUGUGUGUUAGGUGUAGCUGUGUGUGUGUGUGUGAGUGUGUGAUAGACAGAGAGAGAAAGAGAGAGAGACUGAGAAACAGAGAAAGAUUGGGAGAGUGAGGUGAGGUCAAGUGAGGAGGUGGGAUACGACAUACAAUCCUUAUAUCUAAAAUUUAAAAUUCGAAAUCAAUAUUUUUUGAGAAUCAAUUAAUGAUCAAUGUUUUUGAGAAUCAAUUAUUUUUUUGCAAAACAUGAUGUUGCAAGAUAUGUCAAAACAAGAUAUUUCCUUACAAGCCUUAAUUUAACAUUUGCCGGUGUUGCUUCAAUGCUGUGGAUUAUGCUGUGUUGUUACCCAAUACACAUCUCCAUUACUUUUAGGAUUUGAUUGAUUAAAGUCUUCAGGAGUGUCUUGCUGGACAGGGAUUGGUUUUAGUUUUGGACUAGACAGAAUUUUUACAGAAGAUUUUUUUUUUACUGAAAGGUAAAUGUCAUUGUUAUUAAAACAAUCCACAGUUUCUAGCUGGGAAUACCUUAGAUGUUAAUAUAAGAGGUUCAGAGAUACUUUAGCACUAUAGUUCUUCAUUCUCUUGAUCAGGUUUUACUGAACUGAGUCCAAUGUGUGGAAUUUACAACACAUUUUGUGUGUUUUGUUUGGCGUCUUUUAAUAUUAUUUUUAUAUGAAAUGGUGUAC